AUGCAGAGUGUCUAUCCUGGUGCACCAUUAGCCUCCUAUCAUACUUUUUCUGCGGAAAUAUAUAAUAAUAUACCACUUGUGGCAUAUGUAUCAGGAACAUCAAUAUCUAUUUUUAUUAAUGGAAAAAAAAUAACCCAAGUAUUGUCUAUUGAAACUACAGCUACAGCUGUAGCUAUUGAUAAAAGAUCAGGAAAAAUAUGUGUAUCAAGUAAAUCAAAUAUAUACAUAUUUGAUAUUGCCAAAAAAACAUCAUUUUUCUGGUACUUAAAAUUAACAUUCACUAUUAACAAUGAAACUAUAUCUACUUUAUCAUGGGGUAAUAAAGAAGAAAUUUUGAUUGGAGGUAAUUAUUUACACUUGUAUUCACCAAAUGUUAAAAAAGGGAAAAUAAUAUGGUCUCAAAAACUUUCUAAUCCAGUUAUUUUUACUUUAAUGUCACCAAAUGCAACAUUAAUUGCUACUAUUUCUGAGGCUGACCAUUUUAUAAAAGUGUGGGAGAAACCACUUCUAUAUGAAUCUAUAAAAUCAAUUAAGUUUGUUUAUCUACCUCAUCCUAAACCCAUAACCUCUAUGAGAUGGAAACAAAACUCCAAUAAUAAUCAAGAAAUUAAUAAUAUAUUAUACUCUAUGUCACAAGACACAAUAUUACGCAUUUGGAUACAAGAGAAUGCAUCUGAAUCAUGUGCAUUUCAAUUAUCUUAUAUUGUAGAUAUUAGAAAAAAUACAUCUUUAUUUAAAAUACCAUCAAAUGAUCUUGGAGAGAAUUCUUCUUGUUUAAUUAUUGAUAAUAAUACAUUAGUAUUAUCUUUACAUUCUAUAACCGAAAGCACUUCUAACAAAGAAAUAAAUCAAUUAAUUGAAAUGAGAAACAAUAAUUCAGAUAUCUGUUUGGCAUUUGAUGAAAAUGGUCAAAUGUGGGUCUUUGCUUUAUCAUUUUAUAAUAACAAAGGUAAUACAAAUAUUGGAAUAAUACCAAUUUCUGCUACAAAAAUGUCUAAUCUUUAUAUUCCUAAAUAUUUAAAACAUACAGAAUAUUUUGCUAUUCCAGCAAAUAAACAAAAAAACGGAAUAAACAUUAAUUUAUAUUUUCUAUAUUUCGGAGAAAAUAUCGAUCUUUAUCAAAUAAAUUUUUUAAAUCUUAUAAAUUCUACUUCUGAAAACUAUAAAUUUAAGUUUGAGAUUACAUGGACAGGUCACAGAAAUCCUAUAAAGUCAUUAAUAAAAUGCAAAAAUAGUAAUAUAUUAUUAUCAAAAGCUUAUGAUAAAACCGUUCUUAUAUGGAAAAUUAACUAUUUUAAUAAAUCUGAAAAUCUUCAAAGGUUGUGGAAUUUAAAAUUAAAAGAAUCACCUAAACAUAUAACAGUAAUUAAUGAAAAAAAAUUUAUAAUUUUAGAUUCAAAAAACAUUUCGAUUUUAGAAAUAAAAGACAAUUAUACAAAUAUAAUAGCUACAUGCAAUAAUGUUCCAUCUGAAAUUGUAUUAUGUUUUAUACAUCUGGAAGUUCCUUUAGAAUUACCUGAAAAUAUACUCAUUAAUAAUACAUAUUUUCUAGCAGUUACAGCGACGAAAAACCUAUGGAUAUGGAAACUAUCGUCAAAAACAAAAAAAAAACAAAACAAAAAAAGCAUAUACAUAAAAAAGUUUCAAGAGUUUUCUUUGCCACAUGAAAAUGAUUUACAUUUAGUAUUAUUAAUAAAUUCUAUAAAACAUAAUCUCUAUUCUUCAAAAGAAAUAUUUAUUACUAUUUCUAUUACUGGACAGUUAAAAGUAUGGUCUAAAAAUUUUUUAGAAAAUGGUAAACUAUGUAUUCUACCAAAUACCAAAUCUUUAGAAACUAAAAUAAUAAAACCGAAAAUGAUAAGUGAAUUUUCAAAAAAACUUGCUAUAAUAUGCCAAAAAGGAAAAGAACUUACUAUUUGGGAUAUCCAGUCUUUAGAAUUUUCUGAUGUUGAAGAAUACAGACAUUAUUUUUCCAAUGAAAGUGAAAUAUCUAAUUUAGAUUGGACAUAUUUUAAAAAUUCACAAUUAAUACUUGCCGUAGGGUUCAAAUAUAAAAUCAUUCUGAUUUGUCAAGCAAGAUGUAGCUAUGAUAUAAAAAAAUCAUGGUUUCUUUUUAGAAGUUUUGAUAUAUCUAAUAUAACAAACAACCUAAUACAACACUUAGUUUUCCUAAAUAAUACUACUCUAGUCAUUGGAAGUAAAAAUCAACUGUUUUUAUAUAAUAAAAUAAAUGAUGAUAUAAACACAACUAAUAUGCUAUAUAAGACAGAUAAGGAACAUAUGAGGACAUUGUUUAAAGGAAUAUUAUCUUUUAAUACUGUUUUGCCAGUAUAUCAUCCUCUUUUUCUUGAACAAUUAUUAUUAAUAGGCGAUAUGAAAAAUGUUAAAACUAUACUAAUUAACUUAUAUAGAACUAUAUAUUCUUUUGAAAAAAUAAAUAUAAUAGACAAAAAUAAAAUUGAAAUCAAAGAUAGCUUUCUAGGAAUACCAAUUUAUAAUUUUUUAGAAAAAAAAAAUCAUAAAAAAAAAAACAAUAAAACUCAAUCUAGCUAUUAUUAUCAACUUUUCAAUAUAGAAGAGAAUGUAGAAACUAGAGAUGAGAUUAUAUUCGAUACAAUAUUAUCUCAAAUUAAUGAUCGUUUAUUAUCAUAUACUAUUAUUAAUCUUAGUCCUUCUGAACAACUCCAUUUAACAUUUUUAAUAAAAUGUAUAAAAAACAUAGAAUUUCACAAAAACUCUAUUGAUACUAACGGAAUUCGAUACUAUUUAUUUUUUUUAAAAAGCAUAUAUCUAUCUAACAAUAAAGAAGAAGCGAAUAUGCCAAUAAAAAAUGCACUCUGGGCUUUUCACAGUGAUUCUCAAGAAACUUUAUUAUACCUUAUUAAUCAAGAAUGUGAAAAGAAUUUUAAUUAUAUUCAAAUGGAUAAUUCAUAUUGUUUUUUUUGGCUUAGAAAUAAAGAAAAUUUGAAAAUUCAAAUGGAAACAAUCGCACACAAAAAAUACAUAACAAAUAGUAAAAAUCCCGAAUUUUGUUCAUUAUUUUAUAUUGCUCUAAAGAAAAAAAAUAUACUUCUUCGAUUAUGGAAAAUAGCUACAGGUCAUUCUAGCCAAAAAGUUAUGGUAAACUUUUUAUCAAACGACUUUUCAGAAACUCGUUGGAAAAUAGCAGCUCAGAAAAAUGCAUAUGUUCUUCUAGGGAAACAUCAUUAUGAGUAUUCAGCUGCAUUUUUUCUUCUUGCAGAAAAAUUGCAAGACGCUGUAAAUGUAUGUAUUAAGAAUCUACACAACAUUUCUCUUGCAAUUGCUAUAUCUAGAGUCUAUGAAGGAGAUAAUGGGCAAACUUUUAAAAAUAUUUUAAUAAAUCAUAUAAUUCCUAAUGCAAUAAAAGUUAACGACAGAUGGCUAGCUUGCUGGGCAUUUUGGAUGCUAGGAAAAAAAGACCUUUCCAUUAAAAGUCUUAUUUUACCUUUAUCUUCAUUAUUAGAAAAAGAUUUUGAAGUUAUAAUUCCAAUUAAUUCCAAAGAAACUAUUACAGAAGAUCCAACGCUAAUUAUUUUGUAUAAAGAAUUGAAAAAUAAAAAUAUACAAAUAUUUAGAGAAAAUCAAAUUGUCUCUCAGUAUCAAGAAUUUAAAUUUAUACUUUAUAUAACUCGCCUUUAUAUUUACAUAGGCUGUGAUAUACUUGCUCUUAAUCUUAUACAAGGGUGGAAUUUUACGAAUCAUUGGCCACAAGCUCAAGAAAAGAAUUUUAAAUAUAACAAAAACACAUCUGAAAAAAAUACAUCUGAAGAUUCAUAUCAAAAAACGUAUCAAAUAAUCCAAAAAAUAUUAUGA